AUGUCACCGCUAGAGAUGUUGACAGGCAAGAUAUCUAAUCUGGCGGACAUGGUGACUUUCGGCAGCCCAUGCUCAGCGUUCAGGGACCCCGGAAAGAAAUCGUGGAAGACGAGAUCCCAGGUUGGCAUGGUCAUCGGCAAGAACGAUGAGACUAAAGGUUUCAGGGUGUACCUGCCAAAGGAGAGGACUGUUAUUACAACGCAGCACAUCCGCAAUGUCGAGACACUUAACAGUGAGCAGAACGUCCAGCUACAGGCACAGCUUGAGCGAGAAGACCCUAUGCUGCGGCGCGAUGUGUCAGAUCUCGACGAUGCCGCGAAGCGGAAGGAUCCCCACGCAGUAAUUUUGCUUCCAUCGAAACGGGCGUCAGCAAAGACGAAACAUGACUCUGCCGAGUCAACAAAGGACGCAGUCAAGUCAAAGAGAAAAUUUUCUGAAGAAGAGAAGGAACCCGAUGUGAGCAAGAAUUACACGGACCUACAAGAAGCGGAAAGCGGGGACGAACUACUACCCGCGGAAGAGCAAACGCGAACUAGGAUGCAAACCCGAAAUAUGGGUGACAAGCACGUACCAGUGAGUCGAGUGAAAGCGAUCAGUCUCAAAGAUCCAAAAACUAUCGCGAGGCGAUGA